GAGGGAACAGAGAGAGAGAGAGAGAGAGGCAGCAAUGGCGCCCCCUUCUACCUUGACGGCUCUGUUGGAGGAGAAAACGCUUCAGCCGAGCUUCGUGAGAGACGAAGACGAGCGUCCAAAGGUGGCAUUCAACCAGUUCAGCAACGAAAUCCCUAUAAUCUCUCUGGCAGGGAUCAACAACUCCGAGGGCGGCAGAAGGGCUGAGAUCUGUAAGAAGGUCACGGAUGCCUGCGAGGAGUGGGGUAUCUUCCAGGUCAUCGAUCAUGGCAUCGAUGCCAAUCUAAUCUCAGAGAUGACCCGCCUCGCUCGCGAGUUUUUCGCUCUCCCUCCGGAGGAAAAGCUCCGCUUUGACAUGUCCGGUGGCAAGAAGGGUGGCUUCGUCGUCUCCACUCACCUCCAGUGGCUGCAAGACCAAGGAGAGGCAGUCCAGAAUUGGCGUGAGAUCGUGACAUACUUCUCAUACCCAAUUCGGUCUCGUGACUACUCGAGGUGGCCAGACAAGCCCGAGGGAUGGAGGGAAGUGACCCAAACCUACAGCGAAAAGCUCAUGGGGCUGACCUGCAAGCUGCUGGAGGUGCUCUCCGAGGCCAUGGGUCUCGAAAAGGAAGCCCUCACCAAGGCCUGCGUCGACAUGGACCAGAAGGUGGUGGUCAACUUCUACCCCAAGUGCCCACAGCCCGAUCUCACCCUCGGCGUCAGGCGUCACACCGACCUUGGCACCAUCACCCUCCUCCUCCAGGACCAGGUGGGUGGAUUCCAGGCCACCAGGGAUGGCGGCAAGACUUGGAUCACUGUUCAACCCGUUGAGGAUGCCUUCAUCGUUAACCUUGGCGACCAUGGCCACUACUUGAGCAAUGGAAGGUUCAAGAACGCAGAUCACCAGGCGGUGGUGAACUCCAACUGCAGCAGGCUAUCGAUUGCCACGUUGCACAACCCAGUCCCUGAGGCGAUCGUGUACCCGCUAAAGGUCAGGGAGGGGGAGAAGCCGGUGCUGGAGGAACCCAUCACUUAUGCAGAGAUGUACCGGUGGAGGAUGAACAAGGAGCUUGAGUCGAACAGGCUUAAAAAGUUGGCCAAGGAGCAACAGUUGCAGGAACUGGACAAGGCCAAGCUAGAGAGCAAAUCCAUUGACGAGAUUUUUGCCUGAAUUUUUAUACUAAUAUGGUGUAAUGGCCCAAUGUCUUCACCCGUCCUUUUCCUUCUUUUUUUUUCUUGUUUUUCUAUGU